AUGACGGGAACCUCAUCUGACGGCUUGGUCAUCAUCCUAUCAAGUGGACGAAGUGAAGGAGGCACACCUGGGGAAGCGAAGUCGGUCAUAAACUCGCAUAUCGCAAAGCUCACUCAUGAGAGACGACGACAACAGAGAAGAAAGGAAGCGUUGGCAGAGUCCCAAGAACAAGAGCAGAGGUGGCUUUCACAUCAGAGAUCUUCGUCUCACGAUGCCACACAAAAUUUUACGCCAGCUCCGUACUUGAAGACUUCGCACCCCGCCAACAAGCUCGACCGCUGCGGCCCCGAUGGGCAGAUCGGCUUCCUCAGAGCUGAAACUGUUGCGGACAAUGAAGACUCGGAUCGGAAGUACCUGGAAAAGUCCAAGGCAGCAGGCAGACUUCAGGCAUGGUAUGGCCGGAAACCGUCGCCUAGGACCGUGCUGGGCAAGGGGAACUCAGACCCUUUCGACUCUUUCGCCGUUACCAUUGAUCCCUGGGCUAACCGCUUCAUGGACUUUGGGAAGACUCAUCUCAUCCCUGCACUUUAUCAGACUGGUAACCGUGGCUGGGCUCCAUCCUCUCCCGCCGCGCGCAAUUGGCAUGCUGGAAUCAAAGAUCUCUCGGACCGUUGCGCCGCCUUUGGUCUCAUGUCCUACUAUGCCACAGCUCUCACCAUCAUCUCCAGUGACGCUGAGGCGGCAAAGAAAGCUCUGGUACUCAAGACCAAGGCUGUCGAACUUCUGCGACACCAGCUGGUCGUGAACGAUGCGUUGGGCCCAGGCGCCGAAGCUAAUCUUCAAGGCCUCAUUUUCCGUCUGUUCCGUGCAGAGGUGUUGGGGCGGAAUCCCAAGGCUGCCCUUCUGCACGGGAUAAUGCUUCGUCGCAGCCUCGAACGCCAACGCAACACAGGGACAUUGGAUCUAGGUGCCUUGUCCGUGUCUAUCUACCAUGACAACUUUCGGUCCACUGCAUCUAUGGAGCGUCCAAUUUUUGACUACGAAGAUUUCGUCCCUGCAGUCUUCGCAGCCGUAUGGAAAAGACUACCUCUGGUUCUCCCAAAAGAGGCUGAGGAAGACCUUGGUGAGCCUGAUCCUUCGAUCACCGACCCCAGGUUGCGUCUCACCGUCAAAGAAAUGCGGCCGUUCUUCCUAAUGUACUCUUUGAUGGCCACCAAGAGGAAGACCAACGCGUCUGCGACGGAUUGGUUUUGGUUUUUGUCACGAUCCGAAACAUUCCAAGGCCAACUUAUGAACCGGUACUUCUGGCUGCUCAACGAUGCGACCGAGGAUACUCAACACCCUGCAGUAGUACAUCUCCAAGCCUGUAUCUGUCUUGCGGUUCUCUUCACGAUCCGGUCUCCAGUGAACAAUCCUCGAGUCACAGGCAUACCUCUGUAUGACUCCGCCGCUACGAUCCUGCAACGUAUUGCGGAAGGGCUGCUCAUUGUCGAGGAUUGCGUCCGAUCUACCUCCUCGACAGCCCUUUCUUCCAUCCCUAGUAUCAACAACUCUUUGCUAUGGAUUUACUACGUUGGAUCAAUGGCAGAAAUGCGAUGCCAGAGUUUACGUACUCCUGUGGGAUUCUAUGGAAAUCGACUGUCAGCAAAGAUCGUGGAGAUGGAGAUUGACGGCUGGGAGAGCUUGGUCUCAAUUUUCAAAGCCUUCCUCUUCUCAGAGGUGUACUGUGUUCCAUACAACCCAGAACAAUGGUUCGCGGCGAUGAAGGCGCACGGUCACCGUUGA